GUCAGUGUUGGCUUUUCUGUGAUCUGGUAAUCACUAUGUUGAAACACAGAAAACAAGAUUGAUGACUGCCUCUUCACGCACUGGGAUUUCUUUGGGCUUGUGCCGCUCUGAAGAUUGUUAUAGAGAUGACUACUGUUUCAUUGUGUUCCCUCUUGAGAAGAAGAGUAGCUACUUGGGAUCUAAUUGUACUUUUCAAAUCUGAAGUAUACAGUGCUUCAUCUCUUGCGUACCACCGAUGCUCAAACUGUUCACACCCACUCCUUCCCUCGCAAGAUCGUGCUGUCACUUCUCGCCAGACCUGAGCAGUGAGUCGCGUGUUAAAAGGAAGUGACAGCGGUAAAAGGCCAUUUUCAACCCCCCUAGGAGGGCAGGAGAAGAUAAGAUGCCGACCCUCCUGCAAAGCAUGGAUGAGACAGAGAAUUACCAACAAAGGCUGCAAGCUAUAGCGGAAAGGCGUCGCCACCAGGAAGAAGAAGAGAAGCUGAGGAGGGAAACAGACGAGGAGUGGUUGAAGACAGCUCAGAAAAAGAGGAAGUCCUUGAGGGACCAGUGGCUUAGUGAAACUGCCCCAGCUCCUGUCCUUCCUUCACUUGUCAGCUUUAGGCCCUGUCCUCCAAUGCAGGACGAAGCAGACGAGUACACAGCUGUGGAGCAAACCAGAAGUCAAAAGAUGCCUGAAUACGAGGAGGACGAGGCAAGAGAUGCCAGCAAAUAUAAAGAAGCUUUCCAAGAGGAAAACAAAAAAUCAGUCAAAUAUAUAGCCGCAGCCAGAACAUACAACAAUCAGGCUGCAGCUGACGAGGACGUGCAAGUGGAUAAAGAGGCUGAGGAUCACUUCUCCAUGUCAAUGACACACAGCAUAUUUCAUGAACGUGGGAAAGAUGCCCGAUCAGUGGAUAAAGAGGCUGAGGAUCACUUCUCCAUGCCGAUGCCACACAGCAUCUUUCAUGAAAGUGGACUAGAUGGCCGAUCAGUGGAUAAAGAGGCUGAGGAUCACUUCUCCAUGCCGAUGCCACACAGCAUCUUUCAUGAAAGUGGACUAGAUGGCCGAUCAGUGGAUAAAGAGACUGACGUUCACUUCUCCAUGCCCAUGACGCACAGCGUAUUUCAUGAAAGUGGGAAAGAUGCCCGAUCAGUGGAUAAAGAGACUGAGGAUCACUUCUCCAUGUCAAUGACACACAGCAUAUUUCAUGAAAGUGGGAAAGAUGCCCGAUCAGUGGAUAAUGAGGCUGAGGAUCACUUCUCCAUGCCGAUGCCACACAGCAUAUAUCAUGAAAGUGGGCAAGAUGGCCGAUCAGUUCUAGGAAUGCUGGCAGUGCAGGUAGAGAGAGACCCCAAGACAGGUGCCACUGUCGUCAGGUCAGUGGCCCCCGUGUCCAAGCCAGCUGAUGCUCCAGUGGCUGCCACUGUCUUCGACGAUGGCAGGAAGAGCAUCCACACUGUCGGUGGGUCAGGAGUUCAACCCUCGACCGAAGAGCUCGGGCAGAUCUUGAGCGUCAUCGAUGGGGUCGGGAUGAAAGUACUGCUGGAUGAGGUCACGGUCAUGCCAAACAAGGCAGAGACAAAUAUAGAGGAUAUAGAACCCGACAGAGCUCCAGAGGGUAAAGUCCUGUCUUUUUCCACCCGUCAUGACAUGUCAGAGGAGAGCAGUACACAGUUAGACAGCUCCGGAAGCCACGAUUCUGAGGCUGAGAUGGGGAUAGAGGGUUGUGCUGUAAGUGUGGAGGAGGAAGUUCAGAAAGUGGACGGACACAUGAUCGAUGUUACAGACAUGGUGGGAAAAGUAGAUAACAUCGAGGAUAAAACUUUGGAGGAAGGCCCAGUCACCCUCGUGUUCAUGGGAUACACAGAUGAUACAACUGGAGAAAGUGUGUGUCUGGGACAAGAGGACCAUGAAGGCAUGCUCACUGUGGAACGAGUGAUCAUCACUGAAGAUGGCGAAGAACAUGUCAUAGGACCUCUGGCAACAUUAGAUAAUGUGGCAGAACAAGAGGAAAAGAAAGAGCCCAAAGAGGAAGCAUUUCAGGACGUUCCCCUGGAUGGAAAUGGAGCCGGAGUUAAAGUCCUUGGAGACAAAGGUGAUAACGGGCUGCAUAAUUCAUCUCCACCCAGUAUUGCAGAGGGAGAAGUCACUUCAAAGCGCAAGACCUGUCAGUGUUGCUCUGUCAUGUAAGAAAUGAUUGAGGAGAGAGACUCCCUCAGUUAUCAUCAGCCUUAAUCAUGUCAUUUCUUAUAUUUUUAUACGCUUACACCUUCUAUUAGACACUGUAUGCUGCAUUGCUGCCCUAAUGACUGCUUUGAGACCAUAAACCCACCACCUGGUAUGGUCUUAUGAUGGUUCCAUCUGUGAGCACACACUACUUCACUUUCCCUUUGCCAAAGAAAGACACAUUUAUUAUGCUGUAUGCCUUACAUAGCAGCUGUGGACUAACAUCUCUUUAUUAAAAACCACUUCCUCCAUCUAGUGGACAAAGUAAAGAAUUUCAACAUGCACUCCUGCAGGCGUGCUGAUACCUCACCUCUGAAAACUCAACUUUUUCUCUGCUGUGGGACUUGUUCUGUGCCUUAAAAGAUAACAUGUUUAGCAUGGUUUUCUCAAGAGAUGGAAGUAAUUUACAGUUUGGGACACAUAUAUUUCUAACACUGAUCUUGAUAUGAUUUAUGCUUUUCAUUCAAUGUGAAUUUGAAAAUUAUACUUAUUUUAAAAUACCUUUACCUUUUUACCCCUCAUCUUCUGUUUUAAGUAAUUUUU